CUGGAUGAGUAGCAGCCGCGGCAUAAGAAGCAACAUCAGCACCACUAGCUGUAGCAUCUUUCUUUGUGGCUGCUGGAGGCUGUCUUGUGGCUGCUCUACCAUCAACAGCCACAAGACAUACACACACACACACACAAAAAUAUUUGGACACAGACGCUCCUCGUGCUUGCCUCAUACACACACAUGUCGUGGUGGCCACCAGAGAAGAGGUAGUAAGUGACGGGGCUCGGGGGACAGAGGGACACAGGAAGAGGAAACCGGGACGACUGGUGGUAGUGCAAACAGGAGGAGGGCUGGAGCGACCGUGACUGGAGCAGCAGCAACAGUAGCAGCGGCACCAUGGCGCAAGCUGCCAAGCAGCUCCGCAAGACCAAGGACCUUGCGGAGGCCGCCGCCCAGGAGCAGAGGGAGAAGGAGGAGGAAAAGAUAAAAAAGAGGAAUCGAUCCAGGGACCGCAGGCGCAAGGCCGAUGCAGCCACCAGCUUUCUCCGUGCAGCUCGUUCAGGGAACCUGGACAAGGCGCUCGAUCACAUCAAGAAUGGAAUCGACAUCAACACAGCUAAUCAAAAUGGUCUUAACGGGUUACACCUCGCCUCUAAAGAAGGCCAUGUCAAAAUGGUCUUGGAAUUACUCCAUUCUGGCAUUGAGCUGGAAGCAACUACAAAGAAAGGGAACACUGCUCUCCAUAUCGCAGCGCUGGCAGGGCAGGAGAAGGUGGUGGCUGAGCUCGUCAACUAUGGUGCCAAUGUUAAUGCCCAGUCACAUAAAGGGUUCAGUCCUCUCUACAUGGCAGCACAGGAGAACCAUUUAGAAGUGGUCAAAUUUCUGCUUGAAAAUGGUGCCAAUCAAAGUCUCCCAACUGAGGAUGGCUUCACUCCCCUUGCAGUGGCCCUACAGCAGGGCCACGAAAACGUAGUGGCACUGCUCAUCAACUAUGGCACCAAGGGCAAGGUCCGCCUCCCUGCCCUGCACAUUGCUGCAAGAAACGAUGACACGCGCACUGCUGCAGUUCUCCUGCAGAACGACCCCAACCCCGAUGUUCUUAGCAAGACUGGUUUCACACCUCUGCAUAUUGCAGCUCACUAUGAAAAUAUGAGUGUAGCCCAGCUGCUGCUGAACAGAGGAGCGAAUGUAAACUUUACCCCCAAGAAUGGCAUCACACCCCUUCAUAUAGCCUCUAGGAGGGGCAACGUAAUGAUGGUCAGACUAUUGCUGGACAGAGGAGCACAGAUUGAUGCCAAAACUAAGGAUGAGCUGACUCCUCUCCACUGUGCAGCUAGGAAUGGUCAUGUUCGCAUUAUUGAGAUCCUGCUAGAACACGGUGCUCCCAUCCAGGCUAAAACCAAGAACGGUCUGUCCCCCAUCCACAUGGCAGCUCAGGGGGAUCACAUGGACUGUGUCAGGCAGCUACUCCAGUACAAUGCUGAGAUUGAUGAUAUCACACUAGACCAUUUAACUCCUCUUCAUGUAGCAGCCCACUGCGGUCACCAUCGCAUGGCCAAAGUUCUCCUGGACAAGGGGGCCAAAGCCAAUGCACGGGCUCUGAAUGGCUUCACACCUUUGCAUAUUGCUUGCAAGAAGAACCACAUGCGGUCUAUGGACCUGCUGCUUAAGCACUCUGCUUCCUUAGAGGCUGUCACAGAGUCUGGUCUCACUCCUCUUCAUGUAGCAGCUUUCAUGGGGCAUCUGAACAUAGUGAAAAACCUGCUCCAAAGAGGGGCUUCACCCAAUGCUUCCAAUGUGAAAGUGGAGACUCCUCUUCAUAUGGCCUCCAGAGCAGGACACUGUGAAGUUGCUCAGUUCCUGCUCCAGAACUCAGCACAAGUGGAUGCCAAGGCUAAGGAUGACCAGACACCUUUACACUGUGCAGCCCGUAUGGGCCACAAGGAGCUUGUCAAGCUGCUCCUUGAGCACAAGGCCAGCCCUGACUCAGCUACAACUGCAGGUCACACACCUUUACACAUCGCAGCACGUGAAGGACAUGUCCAGACUAUUCGAAUAUUAUUGGAUGCUGGAGCGGAGCAAAUAAAGAUGACAAAGAAAGGUUUCACUCCCCUCCAUGUGGCCUCCAAAUAUGGAAAGGUAGAUGUGGCUGAACUCCUUCUGGAAAGAGGAGCAAACCCAAAUGCAGCUGGGAAGAACGGUCUGACACCCCUUCAUGUGGCCGUCCAUCACAACAACCUGGAUGUUGUUAAACUCCUGGUCAGCAAGGGAGGAUCUGCACACAGCACUGCCCGAAAUGGAUACACUCCCCUUCACAUAGCAGCCAAGCAGAACCAGAUGGAGGUGGCCAGUUGUCUUCUUCAGAAUGGGGCAUCACCCAAUUCUGAGUCCCUCCAAGGCAUCACGCCCCUACACCUGGCUUCACAGGAGGGACGGCCUGACAUGGUGGCUCUGCUCAUUUCCAAACAGGCCAACGUAAAUCUUGGAAACAAGAAUGGACUGACUCCUCUGCAUCUUGUGGCCCAGGAGGGUCAUGUGGGCAUCGCAGACACUUUGGUCAAACAGGGGGCAUCUGUUUAUGCUGCUUCACGUAUGGGCUACACACCCCUUCACGUGGCCUGUCAUUAUGGCAACAUCAAGAUGGUGAAGUUCCUUCUGCAGCAGCAAGCUCAUGUGAACGCCAAGACAAGGAUGGGCUACACCCCUCUGCACCAGGCAGCCCAGCAGGGCCACACAGAUAUUGUCACACUCUUGCUGAAACAUGGAGCCCAACCCAAUGAGAUUACCUCGAACGGCACGUCUCCCCUGGGCAUUGCUAAGAGGCUGGGUUACAUCUCUGUCAUUGAUGUGCUCAAGCUGGUAACCGAGGAGUCCGUUUCUGCGAUCACGACAGAGAAGCAUCGGAUGAGUUUCCCCGAAACUGUAGAUGAGAUUUUGGAUGUUUCAGAGGAUGAAGGGGUUGCCCAGCUAACGUUAGGAGACGAGUUGCUGGGGAUGGAUGGAGCUCGCUAUUUGAAGCUUGAUGAUUUUAAGGACCAGGAUGAUGACUUUCUCUCCCCAAAGAAGACCCUCAGAGACUUUGAGGGCGGCAUGGGCACCACUCCAUAUUCUCCUGCUAUUCCCAGGAUCCCCUGUGUGUCACCAGAGACAGUUAUGCUGGAUCAGCACACCCCCGUCCCCUUGCCAAAAGAAUAUGAUGAAGAUUCUCUUAUCCCAAGCAGUCCAGCUACUGAGACUUCAGACAAUGUCAGCCCUGUAGCCAGCCCUAUUCACACUGGCUUCCUGGUGAGUUUCAUGGUGGAUGCUCGAGGGGGCUCCAUGCGAGGCAGCAGGCACCAUGGCCUACGAGUGAUCAUCCCUCCCCGAACCUGCGCUGCACCGACGCGCAUCACUUGCCGUCUCGUUAAACCCCAGAAACUGACCACGCCUCCUCCACUAGUGGAGGGCGAGGGCCUCGCUAGCCGGAUCAUCUCCCUGGGGCCGUCCAGUAUGCAGUUCCUUGGACCAGUGAUAGUAGAAAUCCCUCACUUUGCCUCAUUGGGACGAGGAGACAGAGAGCUUGUGGUGCUCCGCAGUGAGAACGGCUCGGUCUGGAAGGAACAUCGCAAUCGCUAUGGCGACGAAGUACUGGAAACUAUUCUGAAUGGCAUGGAUGAAGACUUGGAGAGCCAAGAGGAGCUGGAGAAGAAGAGAAUCCGUCGAAUCAUCUCCACUGACUUCCCCCUCUACUUUGCAGUAGUGUCUCGCAUACAGCAGGAGAGUGAUCUCAUUGGUCCAGAGGGCGGUCGGCUGACCAGUAAGCUGGUCCCCCAAGUUGAGGCCAUCUUCCCUGAGACUGCUGUCACCAAGAGAGUGAGGCUGGGACUGCAGGCACAACCAAUCCCUGAUGAACUGCUGACCAGGCAGCUUGGUAACCAGGCCACCUUCAGCCCAGUGGUUACCAUUGAACCACGGCGACGCAAAUUUCACCGUCCAAUCGGAUUGCGCAUUCCUUUACCACCGUCGUGGAGGGAGAGCCCUCGUGAUGCUGGCGAGGGUGAUACCACCAGCUUGCGUCUUCUCUGCAGUGUCAUUGGUGGAACAGCACCAGCUCAGUGGGAGGACAUCACUGGAACCACCAAGCUGAUGUACGCCAACAACUGUGCCAAUUUUACCACCAAUGUGUCUGCAAGAUUCUGGCUGGCAGACUGUCCACGUACGGCGGAGGUGGUCACCUUUGCCAACCUGCUGUACAGGGAGCUAAUGGCAGUCCCAUAUAUGGCCAAGUUUGUUAUUUUUGCCAAGAUGAAUGAGGCACGUGAGGGACGCCUGCGUUGUUACUGCAUGACAGAUGACAAGAUGGACAAAACUCUGGAGCUGCACGAAAACUUCACCGAGGUGGCCCGGAGUCGAGACAUUGAGCUAAUGGAGGGCAUGCCUCUCUACCUGGAGUGUUCUGGGAACUUGGUGCCCAUUCGGAAGGCCACUCAGCAGCCUCGUAGCUUCAGCUUCCAGGCCUUCCGAGAUAACAGACUGCCUGUCUCUGUCAAGGUCCGAGACAGUAACAAGGAUGCCACCGGGUUUUUGUCUUUUCUGCGGAAGUGCACCAAGUAUGAGGACACACAACAUGUACUGUGUAACCUUAAUAUAACCAUGCCACCUUGUGUCAAGGUUGUUGGAAGUGAGGAGCGCAGACGAACUUUAACCCCUCUUGCUCUGAGAGAACGCUACAGUGCACUGAACGAGCCCGGCGUGGCCACAGUGAAUGCCAUGGAGAGGACUGAGCUCAAAAUCAACAUCAUAUCCGAACAGCUGGGUUUAAGCUGGGCAGAGUUAGCACGAGAGCUUCAGUUUGGUGUGGACGACAUCAAUAGGAUCCGUGUGGAGAAUCCAAACUCCUUGCUGGACCAGAGUUCUGCCCUGCUCAACCUGUGGGCCAGCAGAGAGGGCAAAAGGGCCAAGAUGGAGAGCCUCUACUUUGCUCUGAAGAACAUCGAUCGUGCAGAUAUUGUAACCUCUUUGGAGGGUCAGGCUCCGCAACCGGCACCUGGUUCUUCAGAGGAGGGCGCCUGUCGGCUUGGUGACCGCGACUCCACUCUGUUGUCCCCCAGCGUCAUUAAUGGUUAUGGGCUGGUGCAGGAGGAGCUUCUGUCCCCAGCCUCCAUGCAGUACAGCUUGCCAUCUCCACUGGGCGUGGAGCCCUACUGGCAAGAGGUCUCCAGCCUCGAGUGCGCCCCUAUUGCCACCACAGAGGAAGACACAUUAAUGGAGAUGUCGGACGUUCAGGUGUGGCCAGCAGGGGUCAGCCCCUCUCUGGUUACAGUGGAGGACUCGUCACUAGAGGGCAGCAGUCGGGCUGACGACUCAGAGGGCGCCACACUCUCCUUACCCUGCAGCUUGGGUCGCCCAAGCAGUGGAGCCAGCGGGGCCAGCGGCUCCAUCAUGGAGCUGGAGGAAGAGGAGGAGGAGGAGGAGGAAGGGGAGGUUGAGGAGGAGGAGGCACCACAGGAGCCAGCAAGUGCACUGGCGGAAAGGGACAGGGUGAGAGCCAGUGGUGCCGUUCCCAAGGUCAAUCUAAAUGGCCAGCUGGGAGGUCAGAGGUCGGACAUGAGGAGAGUGGAGAGUGUGGCUGUAGGAGGAGGAACAAAAGGAGGAGGUGGAAUGGUAGGGCUGGGCUCAGUGGAAGGGAUUUCUGUUGUUUCAGGCCAACAGGUGUACUCCCAGAGGUGUGAGAUAACUGGGCUGGGUCGAGCUACAGAGCACAACGGAGACAACCGGAUGGUGGGAGGAGGAGCAUUUCAACCCUACAUGCCAGACAAGGACUCCCUGCAAGGCUGGGUGGGCUCGGUGUCAUCAACGCGUGACGGCAGCGUGCCAGGCUUGCACGUGGCCCAGGAGGCUCUGCUGACUCCGAGAGAGGAGAAGGAGGAGUAUGUUGCUGAGGCACAGUUUGUUGAAGAACGUGGAAAUGCACUUGCUAGAAAGGUGGCGGUGGAUGUGAGAAAGGGCGCUCAGUCAGUGCAGCGCAGCAGUCUGCGGAGAGUUAAACACUGAAAUACACUUUCUGCCCAGCCCUUCAGGACCGGAAAGCCACUGCCAAACCAUCCUCCACGAAAACACGACCGGACCGCAGAGGAAAAUGAGCAUGGAGGAAGUGCAGACUAUUAAAAAAAACAAAAAAACAAACAGAAUCAUCCUCAACCUGUGACCAUGGACCACCGCAAAACAAAAUAGAAGAGGAGAAAAAAAAACAGGAAUUAAACUUGUAGUUUUAUAAUAUUUGUAAAGAAAAAUAUCAACUAGACUAAGGCAUGACGAUACCGUUUCUUUUUCUUUUUUAUACAAAAAAACAUAAAUGUUAGUUAAACAACUAAGAAAAAAAAAGCAACAAAGUGCUUCCUGUGAACUGUAAUCGCAUGAUGACUGCUGGUGCAUGCCCUUUUGAACUGUCAUUAUCUACAAACUGAAGGGGUACAAGGUACGGGGGCGGACCCACAUAAGGGUUACAGGCUUUUUUUUAAGGGCCUUCUUUCCCCCAACUGGAGUGGUUUGUUUCAGCAAGUUGAGUCCAAUAACACUACAGCCAAAAAAAAGAAGUCCCUCAAUGGAUGGUUCUCUAUACAGCUAAGCCUCUGCUGAGCCUCCCAACGCUUCUUUCACUGGACCCUUUGCCCUGUUAUUCUAAAUGUGAUAUAUGCACUCUAUGCUACGUGGACAUGUGUCAGUGUGUGUAUGUGUGUGUGCGUGUAUUUUUCUCUACCGCAUGUGUUUCUUGCUUCCGGCUUGGCGCUGAGCCCUUCCCCAUGAUUGACUUGUUGUCCCUGUAAUGUCACGGCGUGCUCAGCGCUGGAAUGAGAAAGCCGCCGUGCUGCCCUGCUCGUGACUUCUUGUCCGCGUGCAUUUUUUUACAUUUUUAAUUUUUUUUCCUUUGUGGAUGAAGAUCGCUCCUCAUUGUUUCUUUGGAACUCGUCCACUUUGGGUUUCAGCGUUGUUUGACUGCGGAUGAGAAAUGAACCUCUAGCUCCCCUCGUGUUUUCAGGGGGAAUAUUUUCAGACAGCGGGAAUGUUUUCUUUGGAAAAAGUGUGGGUGCUCGAUUGCAUUGUACAGCAGCUCUGAGGGCACAAAGCUUGACUUUCUAUUCCCUCAAAUUUUUCUGUGCUCUUCCAUUGCUUUUUUUGUUUUCUUUUUUUUCCCCAGUAGCGUACUUUACCUUCACCCAUAAUCUAUCAGUAGCCUCAGUCUAUAUGCAGUCAAAUCACAGUCCUCUCCCAUCAGCAUCUAAAGGUCCUCCAAACCCUCUGUGCUUACUCUUUUAUCUGCUUGCAGUGGCUGUAGCGCAUCACUGUUGAAUUUUUGAGUCAAUAUUUCAAAUUGUGGUGAAGAAAACAUGAAGGAUCUCAUUCGUGUGACGAUGCCGUGAUUUGAGGAUUUCUAAGCGAGAGUGAAAUGGCAGCGAGGACAGACAGGUAGCACUGUGAUCGUCUUAUUAACACUGACCCCAGACUCGUGAACUGUCAAGACCCACAUUCAUAUAUAGCACAGGCAAAAGCACAGAAACAUAUAUGAACACAUUUCCAGAAACACACAAACAUAGAUCACACGGUUAAAUAAUUAUUGCCUGGUCAGUGUUGUUGUUUUUUUUUCUUGUUUUCUUUGGAGUUUGCCACAGCAAUAAUACACAGAAACAAAAAAAACAUGAAGAGGAGAUGGAACGGCAACUGUAAAAGACUGGUUUCCUCAGAGAAGACACAAACUGUAUCUGGAUGAACAGCAUUUGGCAUUGAAGCUCGCCCUUGAAGUGAGUGAGUCAGGACGUACUGAUGCAAGAUGAGAUGACUCAGCUGUAGCAGUGCGAGACCUUGGAGGCCGGAGAGUGUUUGUGUUUCAGCACUUAACGUAGCAAAAUAUAAACCAGGAUAUCUUCAUUUAAUAUCUGUUAAGAAGCUUGCUGCUGCCAUGAGGUGGAAUCCACCUAACUCUGUUUUCCUUCUUUUUUUUUUUUCCUGGAUAAUUCAACUUGUGUUUCUGUAAAUCAUCAGCUCAUCACCUCUGAAACACUUUAUGCAGAAACUGGUUGGCAGCAGCAUGAAGGAGUUACAUCAUAGUAGCACGCAUUUCCUUAAAAUCACCUAUAUCUCCCAUAAGUACUGUAAAUGCUACUGUAGCCUGAAUGAAUGAGACCGGAUGAAUGAACACAUUGGUUAUACAUCACGCAAAUGCACUUACUUUCCACGCCCAGUCCAUGCACGAGAACCUCAUCGGAUAAUAGCACGUUUUCCACUGUUACUUCACUCAGGUUUUCAGUUCUGCUCUAUCAGAAAGAACAAAAGAUGUUUGUUUCUAAGUUCUGAGUCAUCCUCUCAAAGACAAAUGUGGGACACAAGUGAGCGAUUUAGAGUUUUCUGUUGGGGUUGUUUGAGGUGGGAUGGUGAUGCGUGGGCUUUUUUUGGUUUGGUUUGGUUUUUUACUUUUUCUUGGUGGAGCAGGGUGGUUUGGUGCAAGUGUGUGUGUAUGUGUGUAGUUUAGUUGUGUGAUUCAGAUUAGACCAAAAAACACUGAGUGUGUGGUCAGUGCCAGCAUGUCUCCUUAACCUCGCUGGUGCGCUGCUCCUGCUGUGACACCACUGUUGGUUAUUUUUGUCUUUACUCAUUUUUUGUUUGUUGGUUGGUUGUUUUUUGUCACAGAUUUGAAAAAAAAAGCCAAAUAAAUUUUGUUGAAGCACAGGCAAAAGAUUUUCCUUUCACCAGAUAAAUAUAAAACAAUUAUCUUCUCAUAUGUAUAACUUCAAUUGUCAAUGCACGUUAUUGUGUAAUCUUACCUAAUUGGCCAUUAUGCUGAAGAUAAAGUCAACAAAUGACAAACAAGACGCCCACUCGACUUCACAGCUCCCACAAUCACUCUGUUAGUCUUUAAGACUUUUACUGUAUCAGCACAAGAAUGGGGGUUGGAUCCAGAUGUUUUAUUUCUGUGUUGAGGUUUUAAUCCUUAAGAUUAAUACUCUAUAAAAUGUAUUUUGAUGCUGUUAAAGGUCAGAGGUUUUUCAAUUUGCAUCCCUUAGUAGAGUAGUUCUAUUAUCAGCAGCAAGAAACUGGUUCAUGAAAAAACUGUGUGACCGUAGUGGAUGUAAAAUGGUGGAUGCAUGCAACAGUCCUAAAGUUUAGUGCUAAUCCCAUGAUUUUGUUGGAGCUCUGAUUGAACUGUUGCUUUUCUUUUGUAUGUGAAGAAACUUUGGAAAAACGUUUGGACUUAACUGAUAUAUUAUUUGUAAAGUGACUGCAAAUCUGGUCACUGACAUCUUAUAAAAACUUGGCCAUAGCUCCCAUAAUCUCACAGUAUGUCUCACCCACUGAUUUGCAGAGACCCACUUUGAAGCCUCAAUUUCAGCAUUUUGGUUGUUAAUUUGUGUUUCCUUGGAACCAGAUGGUACAAGCAAGGUUUGGAUCUGGCAGGAAAAACCAAGGGACACUGCACACUUUAUCGUUUAUUUAAAUAAAAAUGAGGCUAUAAUUUACAAAGUGAAUAUCCUAUUUUAUAAAAUAAUACUUUAAACUAGCAAUAUAGAUCAUUAAAUCAACAGAUUUUCUUUUAACUGAGGCAUUAAAGCAAAUGAGAAGUGGGGUCAUUUGUCCAAACACUUUGAUACAAUUUGACUUCCAACGCCCCCUGCUGGCCAUUAUAAAGAAUGCAGGUUUAAGGCACUGGCUCGCAUGCAGAAACUAUUUCCAUCUUUUAUACGCUCAAAAAAUGAAAUUUGGUGGUUGUUACAUGUACAAGAUUCAAACUUGUAAUUUGAACUAAAUAAUUUCAUGUUUCUAUGGUGAACGCAAUUAAAUCAUUUAGCAUCUGCAUGAAAUUCAGCAACUUAAUUUGUUCUUGUUGAGAUGACAUGAUACAAUCUAGUAAGCGUGGUUAGUUGCCUGGACUCAAAAAAUUCACAAGAUCACAUUAGAUGUCAAACUGUAGGAAAAUUGCUGGAGUUUUAAGAGGCAGACAACUACACCCACACCACGUGUAUGCUAUCGCUAUUUAUUGUGGUGUAACCUGUCAAGGACAAAAAUGUACAGAAUAUUCUGCAUCAAGCCUUGUAAUCAUAGCUUUCCCAGUUUUGUUAAGCCUGGAUUGACAGCUUGGUGGUGUGAUGGUUAGUGCUGUUGCCUCACAGCAAGAAGGGCCUGGGUUCAAAUCCACAAUCUGUCUGGUUUGCAGUGUGUAAUUAGAGUUAGGUUAAUUGGUGAUUCUAAAUUACCCAUGAAUGUAAGUGCAAAUGAUUGUUUGUUUCUAUGAAAUCAUCAACCCCCAUAUUGGUUCAUUAAGCAAGACUAGCAGUAAUUGCCUUGACUAACAAAGUAGUUGUUCAAACAACAGCAUUUCAUUGUGUUUUCCUAAAGUUUUUAACUUGUGUAGCAUGAAUUAAAACAAAUUUCACUCUAUAUAUUUAAAUAAAUCACUUCAAGUCAAUGUAAGUAUACUACGUUGAUCCAACGUAAUCUGAUUACAUUAAACCACCAAAUGCCAAAUGUGUUGGUUUGACAUGGUCAAAAAUGGGUUAUUGUACUUGGUAAAAUCACGUGGAAAUAGAUGAUUAAAAUGUGUUCAUCCAACAACAGAUUUUUUUGAGUGUAGUCAGUACUCUUAAAACAUGCUUGCUUCACCCAGAGGCAGAGGCGUCAACCAGGACUAAAAUCUUAAGGAUCAUAACUUUGACUUUAAGGAGCUGUCUUCCUGCUUAGUCACAUUCGAAAUCCUGAAGAAAAAAAAAAGUCUCCGCAAAGCAAAAUGAUGUAUGAAGUAGUUUAAUUAUGUUUCCAUACAUAGAUAAUUUGGAUUUGCCGUCUGAAUUAAACUUGUCUGUGAUCCUGUGCACUCCCCCAGUGUUUGUAUGUACAGUAUGCGAGUGUUUGUGAGUGUGGAACGUGUGUGUGUGUGUGUAUGAUGAUGAUGAUAAUGAUCAUGAUGUUUGGUUCCAAUCCUGGUUGGAUCAGCGGGAAGAAGAGAGACCGCAAUUUCCCAGGCAUGUGAUCUGAGAGGACGUGUAACCUACAGCAAUGUAUUUUAAAGAGUAUUGUAAAAUUUUAACUGUUGCAAAGAAUAAAGAUCACCUAUACUCCUUUAGAAUGGAUACAUGACAAUGUAAACGCAAUAUCAUAUUACUCUAUCCUAAGGAAUGCAACUGCGCACAUGCACAAAAAAAAGAUGUUUUUAUGAAAAUAUAUGUAUAAAUAUAUGACAAAAUAUAUUUAAUUAGAAUGCUAUGCACCCUCAUAGAGUUAUUAUGGAUGUUCUUUAAGCAUUAUCUAGACUAGGCCGACGUCCACGUCAUGGGGAAUGUAGAGGCUUUGUAGCUAUGACCACUUGUUUUCUUUUCUUUUGUAUUGUCCCGGAGAGAGGAUAAACCAACGUGAAUAUGUAUACAAGCCUUUCAAUCAGAGUCAUUCUGACAUGAAGAUAUGUAUAGAUCAUCUUACCCUGUACACCAGCUCAAACCAUUUACAAGAAUUAAUAAACAAAGAUGUGACAUAAAUGUGGCGUGUUGUUUUCGCAGCAAGUGUAUUUAAGUGCAGUCUUUUUAGUCUGUGGACUGUAUCACUGAUUUGGUACCCUGUCUCACACGUCAAGACACAGACGUGUGUCCUGUAUGUCUGAGAAGUUACAAACAUGCAUCUUCGUUUUAUUCGACAGAUUCAAUAAUUUUAUGCAAUAUUUAUUCCCUUCUUAUGCAUCUGAAACCUUAUUUUCGAGGAAAAUGUCCCAAAGCAGUUGCGCAUACACAAUACAUACAUACACGAGAACUUCAAAUAUCUCACGUCUAAAAUAUAUAAAAAUUGUUCUUUUCCCCACAAAGUGGUGAUUGAAUAAACAGGAUUGGCUUCAGCUUCUUUGAAUCAUUUGUUAUAUCAGUUUUUAGUGUUAAGCAGUUAAGAAAGAAGAAGGAAGAAAGAUCCUUUUGGUCUGCCAAAUGUACAAAUAUGCACAGACUGCUAAUUUAUUGUACUGUCAUGUAUGGUUAAAAGGCUGAAGAAAGAAACUCAAAAAGAGCAUGAUUAAUAUUUUUAACUGUCACAGUGUGUUUUCUCUUCAUAAAUAUGUUUUUUGUAGUUGAUCAUAUACUGAUUUGUGGAAUGUGCUUAAGAAU